GGAAUCUUAGCCAAUGGAGACGGAUUACGACACGGAGGAGCGGAGAUAUAUAACGAGCCCUUUUAGGAGGUACUUGCACACUUUUCAAUGACACAUCUUAACAUUCGCACCUAUGGACUUAAUUGUUAUCAGAUAAGGCAACCAAAACAACUAUAGCAUGAAAACGGGUUAUGCGUCAAAUCGAUAGAUAGGUUUAAGUACAGAGAAAACCCACUAGGACGCACCUUCCUAGGUUUAUUGCUGUCCUACAAUAAAAUCGUUUUAAGAGGCGACUCUAUUGGAGUAGUUGCAUAUCAUUGGUACCUUUGCAAGGUAAGGAAACAGGUUGUGACAAGCAACAUUUCAGAGGGUAGAGAAAGGGAUACCGCGAGCAGAAAGUUAUAUAGCCUGACAAGUCAUCAUCAUGCCGAGGUAUAACUUUUUGCUGUGUUUGAUGGUUUAUAUUUGUCUGGGACUGUCUGGGAGUGACGAGCCUAAUCUUUUUUUGCCACCAACGAGCGAGACUCCCACGGACGACGGGCUUUCGCUCCUCGAUGAAGAAGCGGGCGCUCAUGGAUGUUCCGCAUGCGUUUGGCGAGAGCAAAGUAAAGUCCUGAGGCUGGAGACCAUCAAGUCUCAGAUCCUGAGCAAGCUGCGGCUCAAGCAAGCUCCUAACAUUAGUAGGGAGGUAGUGAACCAGCUGCUCCCCAAGGCACCCCCACUCCAGCAGCUUCUGGACCAUCACGAUUUCCAGGGAGACGCGUCCUUUCAGGAUGAGUUUAUGGAGGAGGACGAAUAUCACGCCACUACGGAGUCCGUCAUCACUAUGGCCUCCGAGCCGGAGCCCUUGGUGCAGGUGGAUGGCAAGCCUAGCUGCUGCUUCUUCAAGUUCAGCCCCAAGCUCAUGUUCACCAAGGUUCUGAAGGCUCAGCUGUGGGUGUACCUACGGCCGCUACAGCAGACCUCCACCAUCUACCUGCAGAUCCUCAGGCUGAAGCCCGUCACGGAGCAGGGCAGCCGCCACAUCCGGAUCCGCUCGCUGAAGAUCGAGCUCAACUCCCGCGUGGGCCACUGGCAGAGCAUCGACUUCAAAAACGUGCUGCAGAACUGGUUCAAGCAGCCGCACACCAACUGGGGGAUCGACAUCAACGCCUUCGAUGAGAGCGGCAAUGACCUAGCAGUGACCUCGCUAAGACCGGGGGAGGAAGGGCUGCAGCCGUUCCUGGAGGUUAAGGUUCUCGAGACGACCAAACGUUCCCGACGUAACCUGGGACUGGACUGCGACGAGCACUCCACUGAAUCCCGCUGCUGCCGCUACCCGCUAACGGUGGACUUUGAGGCUUUCGGCUGGGACUGGAUCAUCGCUCCCAAGCGCUACAAGGCCAACUACUGUUCGGGCCAGUGCGAAUACAUGUUCAUGCAGAAGUAUCCACACACCCACCUGGUACAACACGCCAACCCCAGAGGCUCAGCAGGGCCCUGCUGUACCCCCACUAAGAUGUCGCCCAUCAACAUGCUCUACUUUAACGACAAGCAGCAGAUCAUCCACGGCAAGAUCCCUGGCAUGGUGGUGGACAGGUGUGGCUGCUCUUAGACCCAACGGAAGUCAUGCAUAAUCGUGCACGCCUAACUCCACAUCAUUUCCACCCAAAACCCUGACUAAGCGCUCCUCUGGCACCAGACUUUAUCCCCCUUCUCACUCCGCCACAAAAAAAUCCCAUGGGACCUCCAUUCUCUUAGUUAUUCAUUUUAGUCAAACGUAAAAAUGAAAUAUGAAAUGAAGAUAGGACUGAGGCUGAGUGGUAGAAAUAUAUAUUGAAUAUUAUGAAGGGGAUGUGUCUGUGGAGCAGCUUGAGAAACUUAUGGUAAAUAAGACAAAACUAUGUUUUAGGUGUUUGUUCGUUUUGUGGUUGGUUUUCUUCAAAAAAAAGUUUGAAAGAAAAUGUCUAUCAGGUUUUUUGAAAAGAUGGUGUCUUUGUUGAAAUGUCCUGGAUAGUGGAUCCAGGCUGAUGGAGGGAGACAUUCCUAAGCAGUUACAGUAUAUUAUAAUUUUCCCACAUCUUUACUUCCAAGCAAAUUCAGUUCUGAGGUGAGGGGCCAAACUGUUUUAUCUGUGUAAAAAAUGCUUUAUUCACAUAUUAUACUCCUAUCAAUGGGAUUUGUUUCACAACCAAGACAUUUAUAGACAGUGCCAAUAGAGGGGGACUUUGUCUACUAAUUACCAGUGCUAUUGUGCAAUGCUUCAUUUUUAGCAUCUUUGUCAUUACAAAACAAAUCUCCCUUACUUGUUUAUGAAAUUAAUCCAACAUUUUAUGAAAAUAAUGUUCUAAAGGUUUAAAGUGUUGAGAUCCAAAGCCAAACACUGUGCCCUCUGAACCCGUUCACAGUUAUUUUGAGAAAAAUAAGAAAAUAAAUGAGUUAUUUCACUACCUUUAAAGGGGCAGUGCAGUCAAAAACGUGAUUUCCCUAUGUUUUAUAUUAUUACCACACUGAGGUUGGAAUAAUAUUGUGAAAACUAUGAUAAUACCCUUUUAGUGUAAGAGCUGUUUGAAAAGGCCGCCUGGCGACACCUGGUGAUGUCGCCAGGCGGUAUGAGUUAAUAAACCAAUAACAGAGAGUUUGCCCUCCUCUCUGACAAUGGGCAAGUUCAUUUUGCAUGGCCUGGUGCCCCGUGUAGGUGGAGUUUGUACAUUUUAGACCAUUUCCAUUGGUCCUUACGUGAAAUCUCCAGCCACCCGGGGCACCGGGCCAGGCCAAACGAACUUGCCCAAUAACAGCAAGUUUUCAGGUUACAUGUCCUUCCCAUUAGCCUCCUCCAAUUAGGCUCCUCACUCAGACCACUCAAAUUCCUUCUUGAGAAAUAGCUAUUUUUGUUUAUUUUGAAUAUUUGAAUUGAAAACAAUCACAGUAAGGUACUUAAUUGAUACCAAGAAAAUAUUUGAAAAUUUAGAUAAAAACACCUGCAAUGGACCUUUAAAAGUGAACAGGAAAGGGUUGUAAAUACACAUUCUGUUUUACUGCAGAAGCUCAUAACAGCUCAGGUGACCUCAAUAUCAACCUGCACACAAUGUUUAGAUGAACUAAGACAAACAUGUCAAAGCUACACCCAUAAAACCUUCUGGUUGGUCUAGGGCACGCAAUUUUAGAAUUCCAAGAUUUGGCUUGUUAGAUUUGUGUAUAGCCCAUCUUUGGAUAUCUAUUACAUAUCAACUAAAUCAAUAAUUAAAAAUCAAGAAUAUGGGAAUCAUGCAAGGGUGCCAGUUUACACUACUGUAAUUGUCAGAUUAUUUUGUAUGGAGUAAAUUCACAGUGAAAGGGAACCCCACAAGUACAUUGACUAACCUGGUCCACAUGACUAUAGCCUACUUAGGCGGUGUUUACACAGGCAAGCAAAUUAUGAUCUUUUCCCCACUAAUUGGUCUUUUAACCACUCAGAUCUUUUUCAGAGUGGACCUGAUUGAUCAAAAGAGAGAUUAGUGAAAAAAAGAUCAGACUUAAAAAAGAUCAGACUUGGGCUACCUGUGUAAACGCAGCCUUAUAUACUUCUGUCGUUUUCACGCUGCACACUGUGCAUUUACCAUUCCCAUUUACACAAACAAACCUAAUGAUCAGAGGACCAAAUUCUGACAAGUUGCUAUGGUGGGAAUGUUAAGAUGGUUGUGGCAAAUAAGACAACCUUGUGUUGGAAAGAAAAUCAAAUGCUUGAUUGACAUAGGCCUUCAUACUAGUAAGUAAAGGGAAGAAGAGCUAGAUUGUGAGUCAUAUAGAAAAUAAGGAACAUUGAUACGGACAAGAAUACAGCUGAAAUGCCAUUUCUAGUUUAGAGAGAACAUAUAUUUUGAUUGAAUAUCUCAAUGCCCCCACCCCCCCACCUCAACUGCAUCUGUAACAUGCAGUAAAUAUUGGAAGUGCUUGAACAGAGUGUAGAUUAGAAAGUCUGUCUUGUCUCCUGGAUGUCAAAGCGAAGAUAUCCCUUUGUUAAAAACGAAAGCACUAUGCUGUUGGAUAAAGGAAGAGCCUUCUGACAUUAUAUAUAAAUAAUAUAUGUAUAUAAUAAAAAGGGGUACAAAAAAUACUUUCUGGGCACUACCUUACCAACAAUAAAUUUUGCACUAUGGGACGUUCAUGGCGUGAGGAGUCGUGUUGUUUGUAUUUUACC